CAUCGGUUAUUCACACCAGCUGGCUGUCUCUAGUCCGUUCGAUUUUUGUAAACAUCAAAUACACACAACAGUAACAACACUACACAUGGUUAAACGUCAAAAAUGCCUGAGCACGUCCUGGACCAAAUGGAGGAUUUACCGGAAAAUAACAUCGAUGACAUUGAGGAUCUCAUAUCUGCAGAUGAUAUAAAACCGCGUGAUCGGUAUAAAAAUAAGAAGAGUGUAUCUGUACGCCCCAAAAAGCGCAAUCAUGCUGCUGGUAGUGAUACAAAUGUAGAAACGCCAGAAUUACUGGAGAAGACAAUCUACGAAAGUGUCAUACCAGGAACUCAAAAAGUGUACGUAAAAACUUGGGGAUGUGCACAUAAUAACUCGGACUCGGAGUACAUGGCAGGUCAGCUGGCGGCAUACGGUUAUAAUUUAACGAACACAAAGGAAGAAGCAGAUCUAUGGUUACUUAACAGUUGUACAGUGAAGAACCCAUCAGAGGAUACCUUUCGUAAUGAAAUUCAAUCUGGUAUGUCGAAUGGCAAACAUGUCGUGGUAGCCGGUUGUGUGCCACAAGGUGCGCCCAAAUCUAAUUACCUGCGUGGACUAUCGGUGAUUGGCGUACAGCAAAUUGAUCGCGUAGUAGAAGUGGUGGAGGAGACAUUGAAAGGUCAUAGUGUGCGUCUAUUACAAAAUAAAAAGGAGCAAGGCAAACGUGUAGCGGGCGCACGCCUAGCGCUGCCUAAAGUACGCAAAAAUCCUUUAAUCGAAAUUAUACCAAUUAACACGGGCUGUCUUAAUCAAUGCACUUACUGCAAGACAAAACAUGCACGCGGCGAUUUAGUCAGUUACCCGCCGCAAGAGAUCGUGGAACGUGCUAUUCAAGCUUUCACUGAGGGUUGUUGUGAAAUCUGGUUAACUUCUGAAGAUACCGGCGCAUAUGGACGAGAUAUUGGCACCUCAUUGCCAGAAUUAUUAUGGCAGUUAGUUGCAGUCAUACCAGAGCAUUGUAUGCUACGCGUGGGGAUGACUAAUCCACCUUACAUACUGGAACAUCUGGAAGAAAUCGCAAAAGUGUUGAAUCAUCCCAGAGUAUACGCAUUUCUUCAUGUGCCAGUGCAAAGUGGUAGCGAUUCAGUGUUGGGCGACAUGAAACGUGAAUAUUGUCGAAGCGAUUUUGAGCAUGUAGUUGAUUUUCUACGUAGCCAGGUGCCGGGCAUAACCAUUGCCACUGAUAUUAUUUGUGGCUUCCCAACUGAAACCGAGGAAGACUUUGAAGAAACAAUGGUAAUGUGUGCUAAAUAUCGCUUUCCAAGUCUGUUCAUAAAUCAAUUUUUUCCACGUCCUGGCACACCUGCGGCCAAAAUGCAACGAAUACCAGCAAAUCUGGUAAAGAAACGUACUAAGCGCUUGACCGAUCUCUUCAAUAGCUAUUCACCGUAUGAAGGGCGUAAGGGUGAGCAAUAUACUGUAUUGGUAACAGAAAUAUCGCACGAUAAACAACAUUACGUUGGACAUAACAAAAGUUAUGAACAAGUAUUGCUGCCAAUGCGCGAUAAUCUACUUGGCACUGCAGUGCGCGUUCGCAUAACGGACACCAGCAAAUUCAGUAUGAGUGCCGAAAUAAUUGACGAAGAAUCUGAUUGGACGCGCUGUGCUAUAAAGCAAGAGCAAAAUGGUCACAUUUCUAAUGGCAAAGUUAACAGUAGUUUUGAGUGUGACAAAGAGGACGUCAUAAGCAAAUAUGCUGGAUUCGGUUUAGUAAUGUUAUUUGUGGCAUUAAUAUUUCAAUUACUGAUGAAAUUUAUGUAGUUAUUUAUACAAAAAUAAAAUUGCACAUAACAUGAAAUC